CCUGUUGACGCAUCGGCAUGGACAACCGCCGAGUGUCGCUGUGGUUGUGCGAGCAACUUCCGUCAGUCCCGGAAAAAUGGCGACCUCAGAUUCUAAAGCUCCGUUACGGAGCGUUAAAAGAGUGCAAUUUGGGAUCUUAUCGCCAGAUGAAAUCCGGCGUAUGUCUGUCACAGAAGGGGGCAUCCAGUACCCCGAAACCAUGGAGGGUGGAAGACCAAAACUGGGCGGGCUGAUGGAUCCGCGACAAGGUGUCGUAGAUCGAAUGUCCAGGUGUCAAACUUGUGCCGGUAACAUGUCAGAAUGUCCAGGUCACUUUGGUCACAUCGACCUAGCGAAACCUGUGCUACAUGUAGGAUUUAUCACCAAAACUAUCAAAGUCCUUCGAUGCGUUUGUUUCUAUUGCUCUAAACUUCUUGUUAGUCCUAGUCAUCCAAAAGUUAAAGAAAUUGUAAUGAAAUCCAAAGGUCAGCCUCGCAAAAGGUUAGCUUUCAUUUAUGACCUGUGUAAAGGCAAAAAUAUCUGUGAAGGUGGUGAUGAAAUUGAUAUAGCAAAAGAAAAUCCUGACGAUCCAUCAAGAGAGCAGCCAAAGAAACAAGGUCACGGUGGUUGUGGUCGCUACCAGCCAAAUAUCCGACGAGCAGGGCUAGAUUUGACUGCUGAGUGGAAACAUGUGAAUGAAGAUUCACAAGAAAAGAAGAUCCCAUUAACUGCAGAACGAGUGUGGGAGAUUUUGAAACACAUCAUCGAUGAAGAGUGUCUAAUUUUGGGUAUGGAUCCUCGCUAUGCUCGCCCAGAUUGGAUGAUCGUCACAAGUCUCCCUGUGCCUCCUUUGUCAGUUAGACCAGCUGUUGUUAUGCAUGGCUCAGCCAGAAAUCAGGAUGAUUUGACUCACAAGCUGUCAGACAUCAUCAAAUGCAACAAUGAGCUUAUUCGAAACGAAAAAGCUGGAGCCUCAGCUCAUGUCAUCAGUGAAAAUAUAAAAAUGCUCCAGUUCCAUGUGGCAACUCUAGUAGAUAAUGACAUGCCUGGUCUCCCAAGAGCCAUGCAGAAGUCAGGAAAACCUCUCAAAGCCAUUAAGUCACGUCUGAAAGGAAAGGAAGGUCGGAUUCGAGGAAACUUGAUGGGGAAGCGUGUGGAUUUCUCCGCAAGAACUGUCAUCACACCAGAUCCCAAUCUGCGUAUCGAUCAAGUCGGUGUUCCUAGGUCUAUAGCUCAAAAUCUUACAUUCCCCGAAAUAGUCACACCUUUCAAUUUUGAUAAAAUGAAAGAGUUAGUCCACAGAGGAAAUUCCCAGUACCCUGGAGCCAAAUAUAUUGUGCGAGACAAUGGUGAGCGUAUCGAUUUGAGGUUCCACCCGAAAUCAUCAGAUUUGCAUUUACAGUGCGGCUACAAAGUCGAAAGGCAUAUCCGCGAUGGUGAUCUCGUUAUUUUCAACCGGCAGCCCACUCUCCACAAAAUGAGUAUGAUGGGUCACCGUGUCAAAGUACUACCAUGGUCUACUUUCCGUAUGAACUUGAGUUGUACGUCACCAUACAACGCUGAUUUCGACGGUGAUGAAAUGAACCUGCAUGUACCUCAAUCCAUGGAAACGAGGGCAGAGGUGGAAAACCUCCACGUCACCCCGCGACAAAUUAUCACGCCGCAAGCCAACAAACCUGUCAUGGGUAUUGUGCAGGAUACGCUCACUGCAGUUAGGAAAAUGACAAAACGUGAUGUGUUCCUAGACAAAGAUCAAAUGAUGAAUAUCCUUAUGCAUUUACCAAUUUGGGACGGAAAAAUGCCCCAACCUUGCAUUCUGAAGCCGAGGCCUCUUUGGACGGGAAAGCAGGUCUUCUCACUGAUCAUUCCCGGUAACGUAAAUAUGAUUCGAACUCACUCAACACAUCCUGAUGAUGAAGAUAACGGACCUUAUAAAUGGAUCUCACCUGGAGACACAAAAGUAGUUGUAGAACACGGUGAAUUAGUCAUGGGUAUCCUGUGCAAGAAAACACUCGGUACUUCCGCCGGUUCAUUGCUUCACAUUUGUAUGUUGGAACUGGGUCACGAAGUUUGCGGUCGGUUCUACGGUAACAUUCAGACUGUCAUCAACAACUGGUUGCUGCUGGAAGGUCACUCCAUUGGUAUCGGAGACACAAUUGCCGAUCCUCAAACUUACGUUGAAAUCCAGAGAGCCAUCAAGAAAGCCAAAGCUGAUGUGAUAGAAGUCAUUCAAAAAGCCCACAACAUGGAUCUCGAGCCGACACCCGGUAACACUUUGAGGCAGACAUUCGAAAAUCAAGUAAACAGGAUCUUGAACGAUGCUCGUGACAAAACUGGAGGUUCUGCCAAGAAAUCAUUGACUGAGUACAACAAUCUCAAAGCUAUGGUCGUCUCAGGUUCCAAAGGAUCAAAUAUUAACAUUUCCCAGGUUAUUGCUUGUGUAGGUCAGCAGAACGUUGAAGGUAAACGUAUUCCUUUCGGUUUCCGUAAAAGAACGCUGCCUCACUUCAUCAAAGACGAUUAUGGUCCUGAGUCAAGAGGGUUCGUCGAAAACUCAUAUCUUGCUGGUCUGACCCCAUCUGAGUUCUAUUUCCACGCUAUGGGAGGUCGUGAAGGUCUUAUUGAUACUGCUGUCAAAACUGCUGAGACUGGUUACAUCCAGCGUCGUCUGAUCAAGGCUAUGGAGUCUGUCAUGGUAAAUUAUGACGGAACAGUCCGUAAUUCAGUUGGACAAUUGAUUCAGUUACGUUAUGGAGAAGACGGACUUUGCGGAGAAGCAGUCGAGUUUCAGAAGAUAGCAACAGUUGACUUGUCACACAAAGCGUUUGAGGAUGGCUUCAAAUUUGACCCAUCUAAUGAAAGGCACUUGCGAAGAAUAUUUAAUGAAGACAUCUUGAAAGAACUCAUGGGCAGCGGUGAAGUCAUCUCAGAAUUAGAAAAAGAAUGGGAACAGCUAAGCCGAGAUCGUGAAGCUCUGCGACAAAUCUUCCCCUCUGGAGAAACGAAAGUCGUACUCCCGUGCAACUUGAAACGUAUGAUUUGGAAUGUACAGAAAAUUUUCCACAUCAACCAACGUGCACCUACAGAUCUCAGUCCUUUGAAAGUUAUUCAAGGUGUGAAAGAAUUAUUAGAGAAAUGUAUCAUAGUGGCUGGAGAAGAUCAGCUGAGUAAGCAAGCCAAUGAAAACGCUACCCUGCUCUUCCAGUGUUUAGUCCGGUCAACCUUAUGCACAAAGUUAGUGUCAGAGAAAUUCCGACUUUCAUCAGAAGCCUUCGAAUGGUUGGUGGGAGAAAUCGAAAACAGAUUCCAACAAGCUCAGUGUUCCCCUGGUGAAAUGGUUGGAGCUUUGGCUGCUCAAAGUUUAGGUGAGCCUGCCACUCAGAUGACACUGAACACUUUCCAUUUUGCUGGUGUAUCUUCAAAGAACGUAACCCUUGGUGUACCCAGGCUCAAGGAAAUUAUCAACAUCAGUAAAAAACCAAAGGCUCCCUCUUUGACUGUUUUCUUGACUGGAGCUGCAGCCCGUGAUGCCGAAAAAGCCAAAAAUGUUCUCUGUCGCCUUGAACACACCACGCUAAGAAAAGUGACUGCCAACACAGCGAUCUACUAUGAUCCAGACCCUCAGAAUACUGUCAUUCGUGAGGAUCAAGAAUUCGUCAAUGUCUAUUAUGAAAUGCCUGACUUUGACCCCACUCGAAUUUCUCCCUGGUUGUUGCGUAUUGAGCUGGACCGAAAGAGAAUGACUGAUAAGAAACUGACGAUGGAAGCAAUUUCCGAAAAAAUCAACGCAGGUUUUGGUGAUGAUCUCAAUUGUAUUUUCAAUGAUGACAACGCAGAGAAAUUAGUGCUGCGAAUUCGUAUCAUGAACAGUGAUGACAACAAACUUCAGGAUGAAGAAGACACAGUCGACAAAAUGGAAGAUGAUAUGUUCUUGCGGUGCAUAGAAGCAAACAUGUUGUCUGACAUGACACUUCAGGGUAUCGAAGCAAUCAGUAAAGUGUACAUGCACUUGCCGCAAACAGAUUCAAAGAAAAGAAUUGUUGUCACGGAAACAGGAGAAUUCAAAGCCAUUGCAGAUUGGUUGUUGGAAACUGAUGGUACCAGUCUCAUGAAAGUCCUCAGUGAGCGUGAUGUUGAUCCUGUUCGAACUUUCUCAAACGACAUCUGUGAAAUCUUCGCUGUACUUGGUAUCGAGGCUGUGCGAAAGUCCGUAGAAAAGGAAAUGAACACUGUCCUGCAGUUCUAUGGUCUUUACGUGAACUAUCGUCAUCUUGCCUUGUUGUGUGACGUCAUGACAGCCAAAGGUCACUUGAUGGCCAUCACCCGUCACGGUAUUAACAGACAAGAUACUGGAGCUCUUAUGAGGUGUUCUUUUGAAGAAACAGUUGAUGUCUUGAUGGACGCUGCAUCUCACGCUGAAGUAGACCCCAUGAGAGGUGUGUCCGAGAACAUCAUCAUGGGCCAGCUUCCAAGAAUGGGAACAGGAUGUUUCGAUUUGCUCCUCGACGCUGAGAAGUGUAAGGCUGGUAUUGAGAUUCCAAUGAACAUUGGUGCCGGCAUGAUGUCAGGAGCAGGCAUGUUCUUUGGAUCAAUGGCCACGCCGUCAAUGAGUCCUCAGAUGACCCCAUGGAACGUUGGCGCCACACCUGGCUACGGCAGUGUAUGGUCACCAGCCGUCGGCAGUGGUAUGACUCCUGGCGGUCCCAACUUCUCACCCAGUGGUUCAAGCGAUGCCAGUGGAAUGUCACCUGGUUACGCAUGGAGUCCAACCCCUGGUAGUCCUGGCUCUCCCGGUCCAGCGAUGAGUCCGUUCAUUCCCAGCCCUGCGAGUGGAAUGUCACAGAGCUACUCACCCUCUAGCCCAGCGUACGCUCCUACUUCACCAAGUAUGACACCAACGAGUCCCAACUACUCGCCCACAUCUCCUUCCUACUCCCCGACUUCACCCAACUAUUCUCCCACGUCGCCGAGUUAUUCCCCAACAUCUCCAAGUUAUUCACCAACAUCCCCAAGCUACUCGCCGACAUCGCCAUCUUACUCCGCCUCACCAUCUUAUUCCCCAACGUCACCCAGUUAUUCUCCAACGUCACCUAGUUACUCACCAACCUCUCCAUCCUAUUCCCCAACCUCUCCAUCCUAUUCACCAACUUCUCCAAGCUACUCGCCGACAUCACCAUCGUAUUCUCCCACUUCUCCAAGUUAUUCACCGACCUCACCGAGCUAUUCGCCAACCUCACCUUCUUAUUCACCAACUUCUCCCAGUUACACACCCACUUCCCCAUCGUAUUCUCCUUCCUCUCCUUCAUAUUCAUUGUCUUCACCUCAGUAUUCACCAUCGUCACCAGCAUCCCCGUCUUACUCCCCAACAUCCCCCAAGUACUCGCCAACGUCUCCUUCGUACUCCCCCGCAUCGCCCAGUUUCGUCUCCAGUCCUCAGUACACUCCGGUGUCGCCACAAUAUUCACCCACAAGUCCAACAUAUUCGCCAACGUCUCCGUCAUACUCACCAACUUCGCCUUCCUAUUCACCGAGCUCGCCUCAGCAUUCUCCGGGAGGUGCUUCGCAUUAUUCUCCCUCGUCACCGAAAUACUCGCCGACGUCUCCCACUUAUUCACCAACGAGUCCGCAGUAUUCACCGUCAAGCUCAAAAUAUUCCCCAACGUCACCAACAUACACACCCACAAGUCCCAAUUACUCACCUACUUCACCAACUUAUUCACCUAGUGUUCCUGGCUAUUCUCCUACUUCACCAACGUAUUCACCCACGUCACCAAAUUAAUCUACCCGUGAAGGUGUGUAAAUAUAAGUGUAUAUUUUUCUGUACAAACGUUCCUCUGUUGAGCAUAAAUUUUAUGCCAGGGGUCUUGUGGGUUGAAAUUUUAAGUGAUGAAAUCGACUGAAGCAUUUAUUAGGACUUGUCCAUGUGUGACGAAUGCGCCAUGGUUCUGUUCUUAACCAGUAAUUGGAAGUGUCCAUUGUUACUCCAGCCAUUGUAAAUGGCUUAGUCUAUACCCAGAUAAUAUUCUUAUCCUCAAUUUCUUGAUUAGAACUUUAAAAUAUCGCAAGUUUAAAAUAGUCAAGGUAUAGAUUUAGCUACAGUUAAGUGAAAUGUAGUUAAAUAUUUCAAAGGGACUCAUAGUCAAUGAUGACUUCAUAAUAAAUUAUUUUUCAAAAAAUUCUGUUGUGGACAGUGCAGUCCGUUUCGAGGUUCUAUAGCAAAGAUGAGCAAAAAUUCGUUCAUUUAUUGACUUAAAAACACUUUAUUUUCACAAAUUCAUAUUUAAAUGUUGUAUGAAACAAUUCUUAAAUUUUAACAUCUUACAACUAACAAAUUCAGAUUGUUAGAAAAUCAAUAGAAGUACAAUAAACUAAAAUCUUACAAAAUCUAAUUAAAUUAUACGAAGGGAGAUACUGUUGAAAGAAGAAUGGCUGUAAGUAAUUAUUUUACGACAAAUGUACCAUUCGCAUAUCUAAAAAUAAUCAUUGUUGUCUUACUUCACCA